AUGAGUAUAUUGCAAAACGGUGUCAUCUUUUACGUGUUCUCAACGUCUCGAAAACUGCGUCGUCAGAACUACGUGAAUCCUGUGCUGUUGGCCAUGUUCGAUAUCGUCGUUUCAGUUUGCUACAUAGCGUUGAUGUCCGUGCAUGUGCUGGCGCUGGCUUAUGAAAUCGUGUGGUUGAUGUUCAUUUGGCAUGAAUACGUUCGAGUUGUUUAUUGCCUGCAGCAUGUUGCAAUGACAAUAUCGAAUUUUUUGUUGGUUAUCGCGAGUGUGGAACGUUAUCUGGCGAUUAGCACAAGGAACGUCCAGAAACGCGUUCUGGUCACGUUGGUUCGCAAUAGGCGUUCUGUCUUCAGCUUUAUCGUUGUUUUAUCGUUGCUCUUCAAAGCGACAAUGUACUUCGAAACGGCCGUCCUUCAUCUUGAGCAUUGCCCAGUCAUGGAAAGAAUAUUAGUAAUACGAGUUUCUUAUGGUAAGACGAGCGAUAUGGUUCGUUUUUGGAUGCGGAAACUGUUUACGAUCAUUCUGCCGUUCAUAUUGCUUGCCUUCUGUAACUGGCGAAUUGUUGCGCAAUUGCGCCAGCGACGAUCCGCUUGGAAGGAGUCAAUUAGACGAGAGAUCAUGCGUAAGAAUGGUAUGACAACGAGUCCACCGCCAAAUGCGGAAUGGAAACGUUACGCCGAAAAGAAAGGUGUUCGUAUUGCGACUAGAACGUUGGUGAUGGUUGUUGGUUGCUACUUGUUGUCAAAUUCUGUUACGACAAUUAUUAAUGUUUGGGAAUUUGUCGAUGGUGAAACAUUCAAAUACAAAAAUUUCUACGCAUAUUUGUACGCAUCUGAUAUUGCUGCAUUGUUGACAGUUGUUGGGUGUGCGUUACGAUUGCCGAUAUAUGCGAUUAAUGAUCAUCGAAUUCGCAAAGCGAUCUUCCGUGCCUUCUUGAGAUGUCGCUACAGGCGUGUGGAACGUCUGAGGGACGAAGUGACUGCGGAUAAUCUCGAAAAAUGGUCGGUGAUAAUCGUUUCGAAUAGCUUGAGGAGCAAUUUAACGGGUGCAACCGGUGUAUUGGCCGCUCAGGUGUGUUCUGGUUGUUCAGCUGAUAGACGGAUAGUGAAAGCUUAG